CAGGAGUUGGUUCUGCUGCUUGCUGCGUUAAUUUCGCCUCGUUAUUCAUCCCAGAAACGUUAUAUUACUGUAACAGUGCUUUCAGGAAGGUUAUAUUUUCAGUAAGACUUAUAAUGCUCAGGAAAUAUCGUUAUUUUAACUACAGUUUUGAUUUUAUUAGCCUAGCACUGCACCGUGAGGUAAAAUAAAAGCUCAGGGAUGCUGCAUGGUAAGCAGAGCCUCCACUUCUGACUUGGCUUUAUCUUUAUCUAUGUAUAUUUGCCUCUGUAUCUCAACCAGUUCAGCUUGGCUCGGUUCUCAGUUCCCCUGGAGAACUACUACAGCCUAAUCGAUAUUGAUCGAAUGGGCCCAGUUAGGACUCCUCAUCAUCAUCCUCAUCCUCGUCAACGCACAACUACCUCCGUUAAUAUCGACCCGAAAUCCUGUCCUAAAUGAAAAAUAAGCCAUUCCUUCUUAAACCAUCAUGGGAGAAAGCGUUCGGAAAGAAGCCCAGAACGUACUGCAGGAGCCACACCAGGAUCAUCGCCAACCCUGGCUUGGUCAUCAAAGUCCUGCGUCGGAAAAAGAUCAUCGUCUUUCUUUCCUACUUUAUACUUGUAGCGCUGACCAUGCUGAACCUGGCUAACUACAAAUGGGCCAAAGAGUCACAGCCAUGCAGCCUCCAGGUGAGCGAUAACAUCAACUUCCAGAACAGACCAAACUUCCACUUUUUACACAAGGUCCCACAGGCGAGGAAGCGGCAACUCGUGUACGUGUUAACCACAUGGCGCUCGGGCUCAUCCUUCUUCGGCGAGCUUUUCAACCAAAACCCUGGAGUUUUCUUUUUGUACGAACCGAUGUGGCACAUUUGGCAGAAACUCUACCCUGGAGAUGCGUUGUCACUCCAGGGAGCUGAGCGGGACAUGCUGAGUGCUCUGUAUAGGUGUGAUUUCUCAGUUUUUCAGUUGUAUAACACUCAAGUCGGGAAGAAUAUAACCACUCUGGAUGUCUUUGGUGCGCCACUUAAUAAAGUCAUCUGCUCCUAUCCCCUUUGCUCAUUUUAUAGAAAGGAUGUAGUGGGAAUGGUGGAUGAGAAAGUGUGUAAAAAGUGUCCACUUCAGAGCCUUGACGCGUUGGAGGAGCAGUGCCUAAAAUAUGACACCAUUGUGAUUAAAGGAGUACGUGUUUUGGACAUCAACGUCCUGGCUCCUUUGAUGGAAGACCCGUCACUCGAUCUGAAAGUGGUCCACUUGGUGCGCGACCCACGAGCCAUGGCUAACUCCAGAAUUAGAUCCAAGCAUGGCCUGAUCCGGGAGAACCUGCAAGUGAUGCGUAGCAGGAACUCAAGGAUGCGGCGUGUGCCGAUGCUUGACCCGAACCAUAAAGCCAACAGAAAAGAUAUUUCCGACUACCAGGCCAUCGGAGCCAUGGAGGUGAUUUGCGAGCACAUGUCCAAGACUCUAAAAACAGCCCUCAGCAGUCCGAGCUGGCUCAAAGGGAAGUACGUUAUGGUGCGAUACGAGGACUUGGUGGAAAACCCAGUCAGGACCUUAAAGAGUGUUUACCAAUUCGUUAACCUGACAGCUAGUCGUGACAUGGAAGCUUUUGUCGUGAACAUGACUAGUGGUCACAGUAACUCUGCCAAACCUUUUCAGGUUUCGUCUAGGAACGCGACUCUGGCUGCUAGCACGUGGAGAACUGUCCUCACCCUCCAACAGAUUCGGCAAGUGGAGGACUACUGCCGUCAUGUCAUGUCUGUUCUUGGAUAUAUACGUGUUCGCACGUUGUGGGAGGCGAAGGACCUGAGCAAGAGUUUAUUAACCUUACCCAAGGUCUGAAAUGCUGUCGUGACCAAAGAAAGUUACAUUACAUUAUGGUUUACACUAAUCUUACAUUGGAAGGCAAUGUGACUAUGAUAGAUGUGUUGUGACUCUUUAGGUACUAUUUGACAAAAACUUGUGUUUGGUGUCUGAUUUACCAUUUAAGCUGUGCCAAGAUAUCAACUCGGUAAACCAAGAUUGCUUUAUAACAAGCAGAGCUUUGGAGCUUUCUUCUUUCCCCAAGACAGCCUUUCUUUCUAUUCAAGGCUUUUGGGCUUCACCCAAAGUUGUGAAGAAGUGGAAAUGUACUGGAUUAUGGGAAAUUCACUAUAUUGACUUGAUGCCUUGUGAUUAUAAAUAUUUAACAUUUUUUAAUGGAAUAUUUUUUCUGGACUAAUGUUUUCCUGGAGGUUUGGGGUCCGUUUCUAAUCUCGAUAUCACAGCAAAUGGAAUUUAUUUCCAGUUAUGGUUGAGAUAAUGAGAAAUGUAAUCAGAUCAAGUGCCUUGUUUGGGGGGGAGAAAACAAAACAUUGCUUGUAAUGAAAAGCCUCAUUAUUGUCUUCAUGAUACACGUUUAUGGAUGCAUCGAAUGAAGGUUUGCAUUGACGAGAACAAGAACGCUGUGUAUGUUUUAUAUCUUUACCUUUCUUCCUCUGUGAGCACGGGUCAUGUGAUGUUUAAAAAUAGCAAGUGAUGAUGCCAAAAUAAGAGAAUUUUAAUAAACUAGUUCCUGUUUGUAUCCAAAAAAAAAUCCCUCUUAACGUGAGUCGUUCAUCCCCAAACCAGACUUUAGCACGCACUGUCUGUCUGACUAUAGUAACUGA